AUGUCCGACUUUGAGGACUAUGCAUACUCACCGUAUGAUGACAUCGAAGAUAUCCUGUACGACGCGGAUCCCGCACCAGAAUUGGCCGACGAUCUCGCCGAGCACGCUGUCCACAGCCCCGUCUACGAAGGUGAAGUCGCUGGUUCCGAACUGCAUGACUACUUCAGCGAUUGGGAAUACUACUCGGACGACUAUGUAGACGAUGACCCUGCGCUACUGAGGCAGAACACUCAGGUCGGAAGUCCCCUCAAACAACCGUUGAACAAGAGAGACGACCAGAACGAAAGACCGAAGAGAGGGAGGAAACGGAAGUUGGAUGAGACUACAGAUAACCAGCGUCCAGAUGCCGGAGAUGUGACCUUAAUAAGUCGGUGUAUAAAGGGUACCGUGUGGGCCAAACCGAAUGCCCGAGGGCCUCCAGCAUACAAGGAAGGCCAGGAGGGCAAAGUGGCGUUGAUGAAGAAUUGGAGGGAUGUCUUUGCUAUCACGGACAGCGGCUGGGGUCGUAGCCGGAGAAAUACGAAUGACGAUGAAUCCUGGGCUAAAGACAUGAGUCUGGCAGAUAUGGGCCUGGAGAGUGUCCCGGGGCAAUCAUUCGAAGGAAAUGGUGCCGAACGAGAGUUGGAGAUUGGAGACGAAGUCCAGCAAGAUGAAGACAUUGACGAUGACUGCGUUGAAGGGGAAAACAAGUCAUCCAAGGGCGCUCUGCCGAUGGCCUCGGAAGGAGACGAUGAGGAGGAACUUCCUAGGAAGAGAACUCGACUCAAGUCACACCACACACCACCAGCCCGCUCGGUCUCUCCGGUGGCUGUUGAAACAAAAAACAACCCCAUCCAGUCGAGAUCUAGUCGUGCCCCAGGGCUUCCCUCUACAGAGACCACGGACAAGCUUCCGGACCGAAACAGCACCCACGAGGGUCAAGACAGUACAGUAACGGCGCCUACCACCAACGGACUGGCAGCCAAGGGUGGCAGAAAAAGAAAGGCCGCCGAGGACAGCGACGUCGAAGAGGCAGGGCCUCUCAAAUCUACUGCAAGCAGUCGCGCGAAGAGAGUCGCGUCGACCAAGUCCAAGAGCACUCCCACGGCGCCUGCUCCCUCCCGCAAGACGCGGAGCAGCAGAAAAUGA